AUGUCGUCCUACGGCUAUGGCUAUGGCGAGCAAGGGCGAAACUCGUAUAGUGGCAGCAAUGCGCGGGGGGGUCAGCAGCAACAAGGUUACACGCACGCAGGACGGAACCAAUACUCGCAUCAGCCUCAGUACGACUACGAGCGACAGGCAAAUCAAGGACAACAUCCGCAGUAUAACAUGGCAGACGGGAAUCAUCUCCAGGAGCCUAUGAAGGCUACCUUCUAUCCUAACCAGAAUGAUGAUUUCUUCAUGCCCGAAGUGAUCUCUCCGACCCCUACGAGAAUAAUGCCGGAAGUGCCCUCGAAUAUGCAGGAAGGGCUGGCACAUUUGGAGCUUGAAUCGCGGGUGCCGGCCAUGAGCGCAUCCUCCUCUGUUUCUUCUGUGCAGUCUCCAUACGCAGAACAACGAGGGAGCAAUCGACAAUCUUCUCGAUCGACCGGGCCGGGGUUCACGGCGAGCUACGAACACACAAAUGCCUCAGCGUACCAGAAUAUAAACAGAGACAAUCGGAAUCUGUUGCCCAGCGAUUCUCCCAAGUUCAGUCCUUUUCCGAAGCUGCGAAAUCCGGGGCAGAAUGUUCCUCUGUCGGACGAGGAUAAGGAGGAAGUUCUGGAGCGGGCGAGGCCUUUGGUGCUGAAAUCGAUAGAUCCUGAGAUGCAGUUGGCAUGGGCUCAAGAUGCGCUGUCCUGGGUCGAGGUAGCAAGCCAGUGUGCAGCCCGGACGCAGCCAGAGGGGCAGAUUGGGCGACCCAUAACUCCAAAAAUUGAGCACCAGCUGAGGGAAGAUGCACUGAACAUCGUGCGGUUCCUAGCAGACCAGCACCACCCGAAAGCAGAGUUUAUAAAGAGCAUGUGGCUGGAAUUUGGAAAGUUCGGAUACAGGGUGGAUAAGAAAGAGGCAUUUAUUGGCUACAAAAACGCUGCUCAAAAGGGAUACGCGAGGGCCGAAUACCGGAUCGGAAUGCAAUACGAGACGGGCAACAAUCCCGCCAAGGCGAUCGAGCAUUAUCAGAAAGGUGUGGUAGCGAGAGAUUCAGCAUCGAAUUACCGACUGGGGAUGAUGACUUUGCUGGGUCAACACAAUAUGCCACAGGACUAUCAACGGGGAGUGGAUCUCAUUCGAUUUGCUGCAGAUACCGCAGAUGAGAACGCUCCACAAGGAGCCUAUGUUUACGGAAUGCUGCUUGCCCGAGAGUUGCCCAAUAUUUCAAUCCCAGAACAGUUUCUAGCAUUCGAUUUGAAUGAUGCGAAGAUGUUCAUUGAGAAGGCGGCAUAUCUUGGAUUUUCAAAGGCACAGCUGAAGAUGGCACAGGCGUACGAGCUUUGCCAGUUGGGUUGCGAAUUCGAGCCAGCGCUUUCCUUGCAUUACAACGCUCUGGCUGCUCGGCAGGGAGAGAGCGAAGCCGAUAUGGCCAUCAGCAAAUGGUUCUUGUGUGGAUAUGAAGGGAUCUUUGACAAGAACGAGGAGCUGGCGUUCACUUACGCCAAGCGGGCAGCCAUGACCAAAUUGGCUACUGCUGAAUUUGCCAUGGGAUACUUCUACGAGAUAGGAGUCUACGUGUCUGUGGAUCUAAGGGAAUCGGAAGCAUGGUAUAAAAAAGCCUCAGAUCACGGAAACACAGAUGCUUUGGGUAGGAUCGAUAGCAUUAGAAGGAACGGCGCUUUGACGAAGCAGGAUCACGAGAAAGUGGCGAUUUCGAGAAUCAAGUCCCAGUACGGCUCUCAGCGAGGCGGCAGACCUGAAAGGUUCAAGACGCAGCCACCCCCUCUGCCUGCGAUGAACGAAGAACGUAUGAAUGAGCCGCAAUCUAGAACUUCAUACGGGGGGCCACCAUUGCGUGCUGUCAAUAAUGCGCCUCCACAAAGACCUGUAUCAACAGCUCCGUAUCCCGACGACGACAUGCCACAUGUGGCUGGAUACCGCCCAAAUCCAGGACUGCGAGCAAAUUCCGUUGGAGGACCUGUCGCUGACAGACCGUCUUCCGCAUUCGGUAUUCGGCCUCAUACCCACCUAGCUACCGACAACUAUGGCCAAGGCCUCAGACCAGGAACUGAGCCAAUGCGGCCUGCCACAAGUAUGGGUAACAUGCCUCAACAUCCUAUCCAGCCAUCUGGUAGAGGCGGACCGCCACCACCUGGAGGCAACCGGGUCCCAGGAUAUGCGAGCCAGCCACACAUUAUUCCUCAGGCUGAAAUGGGCCGCCCUAUUCAACGACGAGACCCGAUGCAGAACCAGUUCCAAAGACCAGAGCGCCUCAGCUCCAUACAGCCUCCUCAGGGUCCGCCUGUGAUGUCUGGUGGCAUGAUGAGUCCUCAAUCCUUGAUGAGUCCCCAAUCCAUGACGAGUCCCCAAUCCAUGAUGAGCCCACAACAGCAACGCCCUGAUUCCCAGAAUGCUGGACGGCCAGCCCAACGUCCUACCCCACAACAGGCGAUGCCUUCGCAGCAAGGACCUUCCAGACCGUCAUCAGCUUCACCUUCCGUAGCGCCCUCGGGGAGUGCACAGGGAUCGGGUACUGCUACACCGGGGGCGAAGAAAACCGGACCUGCUACUUUCGAAGCCAUGGGAAUCCCAGUGCAGAAGGAAGAGCGCGAAUGUAUUAUGAUGUGA